AUGCCGUCUCUCAACCGUUGGUGGUGGCGUUUCCUCGAAAAAUAUGUCUAUGCAGUUCCAGAACCUCCACCACGAAAACGCACGAAGCCUAUGGAGGUGCUCUGCGUAGGCUUACCCUGGUCUGCGACUGAAUCUCUCCAGACCGCGCUCUUGAAGCUUGGAUACGAUCACACCUAUCACGGCUGGGAUAUCGUAUACGGCGCCAAAUUAUUCAUCGAAAUGGAGUUUGACGAGAUCCUUAGACACUCUGUAGCUGUCACAGAUGCCGCUGCUUCAGUGGUUGCGGCCGAACUCAUCGCAGCGUAUCCCGAUGCGAAGGUUGUCCUCGACUACCGCAAAGACUUAGAUGCGUGGCACGAGAAACACUGCAAUAUGAUCCGUGGCCUCGUUCCGAAAGACAAGCUUCUCGAGUGGACUGUCGAGGACGGAUGGGGACUUUUGUGCAAGUUCCUAGACAAGGCUGUUCCUGAUGAGCCCUAUCCCCACGUCAAUAAAGCUUCUGUCUGGGAAGACCACGAAUCGGAAGUCACUAAACGAUAUCUCAUGAGUCCCUUGUCAGGCGUCGCUGUCUUGUCUUCUGUUGGGAUUGCAACAGGCGCCAUCGCAUAUAAGACCAUGUGGUGA